GGCCCCGCGGCCGGCGCAUGAGCCGUCGGCCGCCUUAGCGCAUCUAUUCUGCUGCCUUGCCGAGGAUAAAAAGAAGAGCAACUGGAGGGACUGUAAGGCAAACGUUGCUGGAGCUGCCGGGGCAAAGUUGCAUGGUUGGACCCUGGAAAUGGGAUGUCAGUCCCAUUCAGGGAGCAUAAAGGAAGAAGGAGGAUCUCCCAGUUGCUGCUGCUGUGACAGCGAGUGAGAGCACGAGCAGGAAGAUGUCGACAGUCACUUCAGCAAUUCAGGCUCCUCAGGGCCCUGUGAAUCCACCACCUCCAGAGGUCACUAAUCCUAAUAAGCCUGGCCGGAAGACCAACCAAUUGCAGUAUAUGCAAAACGUUGUUGUAAAGACCUUAUGGAAACAUCAGUUUGCUUGGCCUUUCUACCAACCUGUUGAUGCAAUUAAAUUGAAUUUACCGGAUUAUCACAAAAUAAUAAAAAACCCCAUGGACAUGGGAACUAUCAAGAAACGCCUGGAACAUAACUAUUACUGGAGUGCCAGUGAAUGUAUGCAGGAUUUCAACACCAUGUUUACAAAUUGUUAUAUUUAUAACAAGCCCACAGAUGACAUCGUCCUUAUGGCCCAAGCCCUUGAGAAGAUAUUUCUGCAGAAGGUUGCUCAGAUGCCUCAGGAGGAAGUCGAAUUAUUACCCCCAGUUCCUAAAGGCAAAGGUCGUAAACCAUCGGUGGGCUCACAGAGUGCAGGAGCACAGCAAGCAGUGGCCGUGUCUUCUGUCUCCCCGCCGGCUCCGUUCCAGAGCGUCCCUCCAGCCGUGUCUCAGACGCCCGUCAUCGCUGCCACCCCUGUGCCAACCAUCACUGCUAAUGUCCCACCUGUCACUGCCCCACCUGCCGCUGCUCCCCCUCCUCCUGCUGCUCCAAUAAUGCCCGUGGUUCCUCCUACGCCGCCGGUAGUCAAGAAAAAGGGAGUGAAGCGGAAAGCGGACACGACCACCCCCACCACCUCUGUGAUCACUGCCAGCAGGAGCGAGUCCCCCACGCCCCUCUCAGACCCCAAACAGGCCAAAAUCAUCGCUCGGAGGGAGAGCGGCGGCCGGCCCAUCAAACCACCAAAGAAAGACCUUGAGGACGGAGAGGUCCCCCAGCAUGCGGGGAAGAAGGGCAAACUGUCUGAGCACCUCAAGUACUGUGACAGCAUUCUCAAGGAGAUGCUUUCCAAGAAGCACGCGGCCUACGCGUGGCCCUUUUACAAGCCCGUGGAUGCAGAGGCCUUGGAAUUACAUGACUAUCACGAUAUUAUCAAACACCCCAUGGAUCUCAGUACUGUUAAAAAAAAGAUGGACAGUCGGGAAUACCAGGAUGCACAAGGUUUUGCAGCAGAUAUUCGGUUAAUGUUCUCUAAUUGUUACAAGUACAAUCCUCCAGACCACGAAGUGGUAGCCAUGGCCAGGAAGCUCCAGGACGUCUUUGAGAUGAGGUUUGCAAAGAUGCCUGAUGAGCCUGCGGAGGCCCCUCCUCCUCCUCCUCCAACAGCACCAGUUGUGAGCAAAAGCACAGAGAGCAGCCACAGCAGUGAGGAGAGCUCUUCUGACUCAGACAGCUCAGACUCGGAAGAAGAGCGAGCCACUCGGCUGGCAGAGCUCCAGGAGCAGCUAAAGGCAGUCCAUGAGCAGCUAGCUGCGUUGUCCCAAGCACCAGUGAACAAACCAAAGAAAAAAAAAGAGAAGAAGGAAAAAGAGAAGAAAAAGAAAGACAAGGAGAAGGAAAAGGAAAAGCACAAAGUAAAAGCUGAGGAGGAGAAGAAGCCUAAGGUGGCUCAACCACCAAAGCAAACCCAGCAGAAGAAAGCCCCAGCUAAAAAGGCAAACAGCACGACCACAGCUAGCAGGCAGCCCAAGAAAGGAGGAAAACAGGCAUCUGCAACCUAUGAUUCGGAUGAGGAGGAGGAAGGCCUGCCCAUGACCUAUGAUGAGAAACGACAGCUCAGCUUGGACAUCAACCGCCUGCCUGGGGAGAAGCUGGGCAGAGUGGUGCACAUCAUCCAGUCACGAGAACCUUCCCUCAGGGACUCCAAUCCUGAUGAGAUAGAAAUAGAUUUUGAAACCUUGAAGCCCACAACUUUGCGAGAACUGGAGAGAUACGUGAAAUCUUGUUUACAGAAAAAACAAAGGAAACCAUUUUCUGCAAGUGGAAAAAAGCAAGCAGCAAAGUCUAAAGAGGAGUUAGCUCAGGAAAAGAAGAAAGAACUAGAAAAACGGCUACAGGAUGUCAGUGGGCAGUUAAACAACAACAAGAAACCUGCAAAGAAAGAGAAAUCUGGCUCUGCUCCCUCUGGAGGCCCUUCCCGGCUCAGCAGCAGCAGCUCCUCCGAGUCAGGCAGCAGCAGCUCCAGCGGCUCCAGCUCAGACAGCAGCGAUUCAGAAUGAGCCAAGGACACUUACACAAACAGCACAGAAUGGACAUCACCCUCACCGAUGCUCUGCAGUGUCCCUUUCUCUCCUUAAAGUACUGCUCUUGUUCCACGGUGGUCAGGUGUUUGUUUGUUUUUCCUUCCUCUCUGACUUUUGUUGGUUUUUGUUGUUGUUGUUUUGUUUUAAUUCAGUGUUAUAAAAGCUAUCUUCCAUUUUCCAGGGGCGCUUUUUUUUUUAUGACUAGGUCGAAGAUCUUUGCGUGUGUGUGACUAGACUUUAUGGCAAGCAGCUCCCUUUGCAUAAAGUCUCUAAAAUACACUUUUUACUGAAGAAAUUAGGUUGAAAAUGGAAGAACUUGGAACUCUUUGCAGGAGGUGGCUAGUAGGUUUCUGCAGAGUUUGUAGUACGUCUCCCUUCUGCCCCUUCCUUCUCCCCAAAUUGUUCUCUUUUAAUAAGCCCACCUGGCUCACAAGGAAAUCUGUAAAAUGGUACUGUAUCUAAAAGAUGGUAGCUUUGGAACUAGUUGGUGUAUUUGUUUAUUAGCACUAGGAUUCUUAACCUCAAAGUCUGCGGUGUGAUGGAAAUGUCAGAUGCUAUCAUCUUUUUUACAAAAACAAAAGAAGAAACAAGAAGAAAUCCAACAUGCUGUGGAUUGCUAACAUUUUUGUUACUGUUGGUGGAGGCAUAGGCACCUGUUGAGGAAGGUAUUUAAGCAUGAAUUUAAUUCUCAGCACAUGAGCGAUACGAAUACUGGUAUGUGUGCUUCCUAGCACUCCAAAUUUCCAUUUUCCUUGGGAAUGCAUCGAUAAGAAGGGAGCGAAGGAUACCCAAGUUUCUUGGGAAUGUUAUUUUUAACAUCAAAUGGAUAAUUUCCAGGAAAUUGGCAUUCUCUAUGAAAGCUUGUGCUGUAACUGAAAGCAUCUCCUGGCUGCAAGUACAGCUGGGCCUCGAGGCGCGCUGCCUGCAGUGACCAAGAGCAGCCGUGUGCUCACUAUUAGGCACGUGCUUAAGUACUUUCUCCACGACAAGCACCUCAGUCUGGGCUUAAAAUAAAAGAGCACUCGAGCUCCAGCUGAGGCUGAGCUGGCAGGGGACUCAGAGAGGGAUGUUGGUUGUGUGCUUUGUUGCUCGGUUUUGGUUUCGUUUGUUUCUUUCCCACCCUUUAUCUUCGUAUCUGCAAUGAGCUCCUAGAAAGGGAAUGCUACUUCUGUGUCAUGCAGGGUGCAGGUUUCCAGAUCCUGAAGUGUUUACCUCAAUUAUAGUUAUAAGGGAAAA